GCCAGAAGGUUUGUUUUUAUUUUAAACACAAUUGUGCUGGGUGUGAUAGGAUGGGUAUAUGAUAGAGCAGAAAAUCACCAGUGUUCAUUAAUAUGGAUGACACCCUCCAUAGGUUAUUGAUUUAGUAUUGACAACAAUACCCUUCACACAAGACAGAGAGGUUAGAGAAUUUGCCCAAAGACAAGCAGCUGCGAAGAGGAAAACUAGGCUGUUCUCUCCCUAAAUCUCAUGCUCUACUAUAUUAGGGAGGACUCUGGCAGAUGGCACAUCCUGAUUAUUUGAAAGUCACCAAUAUUUUUUAAAAUUGCAUAGAUAAUGAAGGUUAGUUUAUCCGGAAUUCUAAUAAUUGCAUCUCGUGUCCAUAAAUCUCUAUUACAACCACCUGAGAUAGGCCAUCUGGGGCACGUGGAAAAAGCCCAGGUAUAGACACUUUGGAUCCCGGAUUUCCCUUGUACUGGCUGCUACCUUGGGUAAUGUAAUUCGCCUCUCUGAGGCUCCUGUUAGCUUCUGAGGAUUGCAUGGGAUAGCAUGUACCAAAUUUCUGCACACACAGUCUGGUGUACACUUAAGCACACAACAUGUGUCAAAGUUUUCAAAAACAUUGCCAGUGAGGCAUCAGUUAUAAAACUUGCUGCAGAGUGAGCUGAUAUUGCACCACUGCACUCCAGCCUGGGUGACGUAGAGAGGCUCAGCGCCCCCCGCCAAAAAAAACAGAAACAAACAAAAAAACACCAAAUAAACAACUUGCAGCAGAAAUGGACAUUGUUGUUCUUAGAAAUGUGACCAUAGGGAAGUUACAACUACACAGCUCGCUUUAAGGGAAAUGAGUGACCUGCCACCUACAUGGAGUUGGGGAGGUUUUGCUGAGAAAGUCACUCACGAGGAAGGCAAAAUAUAGUUAAGACAAAAUGUAACCAUCUAUAGAGAUAAGGUAAAAAUUGGAAAUAGAACUUCAUCAAAGAUCUUUCAAGUAGAGGAGAAUGUGGUGAAAACUGCAGUUAACAUUUGUUAACAGUGUGAUCUUCGGGUUCAGCUUAUCAGUAACCUGGUUCCUGUCUCUUAACUGAUAAAGAAAAUCGGAGGUUUUUAGAGGGCGGCUGUUGCACUUAGUAAAGCUCUAAAGUUGUUAGAGAAAUUGGCUUCCCGAGUUAUGAGACUGUGCGCAUACAGUUGAGGAAGAAAGAAUUCAAGUACAACCCAAUGAGGUUAAGAUAUAGGCUACUCUUCCCAACUCAGCCUUGGAGAGCGUCAUCAACUGCCUCACGUGUGGUGACCUUCACUGUCGUAUGCCAGUGACUCAUCUGGAGUAAUCUCAACAGCCAGUUACCAACACUUGCUCUUGAUUGAUAAACAGAGAAUGGGGCUUUGGAUCUUAGCAAUUCUCACAAUUCUCGUGUAUUCCACAGCAGCGAAGUUUAGUAAACAAUCGUGGGGCCUGGAAAAUGAGGCUUUAAUUGUGAGAUGUCCUAGAAAAGGAAAACCUAGUUACAUCGUGGAUUGGUAUUACUCACAAACAAACAAAAGUAUUCCCACCCAGGAAAGAAAUCGUGUGUUUGCCUCAGGCCAACUUCUUAAGUUUCUACCAGCUGAAGUUGCUGAUUCCGGUAUUUAUACCUGCAUUGUCAGAAGUCCCACAUUCAAUAGGACUGGAUAUGCGAAUGUCACCAUAUAUAAAAAACAACCAGAUUGCAACGUUCCAGAUUAUUUGAUGUAUUCAACCGUAUCUGGAUCAGAAAAAAAUUCCAAAAUUUACUGUCCUACAAUUGACCUCUACAAUUGGACAGCACCUCUUGAGUGGUUUAAGAAUUGUCAGGCUCUUCAAGGAUCAAGGUACAAGGCGCACAAGUCAUUUUUGGUCAUUGAUAAUGUGGUGACUGAUGAUGCAGGUGAUUAUACCUGUAAAUUUAUACACAAUGAAAAUGGAGCCAAUUAUAGUGUGACGGCGACCAGGUCCUUCACGGUCAAGGAUGAGCAAGGCUUCUCUCUGUUUCCUGUAAUCAGAGCCCCUGCACACAAUGAAACAAAGGAAGUGGAAAUUGGAGAAAACACAAACCUAACUUGCUCUGCUUGUUUUGGAAAAGGCGCUCAGUUCUUGGCUGCCGUUCAGUGGCAGCUUAAUGGAAACAAAAUUACAGACUUCGGGGAACCAAGAAUUCAACAAGAGGAAGGGCAAAAUCAAAGUUUCAGCAAUGGGCUGGCUUGUAUAAACAUGGUUUUAAGAAUAGCUGAUGUAAAGGAAGAGGAUUUAUUGCUGCGGUACGACUGUCUGGCCCUGAAUUUGCAUGGCUUGAGAAGGCACACCAUAAGACUGAGUAGGAAAAAUCCAAGUAAGGAGUGUUUCUGAGACUUUGGUCACCUGAACUUUCUGUAGCAAGGGUAAGCGGAAUGGAGUGUGGUUCCGAGAGAUCCAUCAAGACAAUGGGAAUGGCUUGUGCCAUAAAAUGUACUUCUCUUCUUUGGGAUGCUGUUUGCUAUCUGAUCUUUGUAGACUGUUCCCGUUUGCUAGGAGCUUCUCUGCUGCUUAAGUUCCUUCUCCUUCCCCACUGCCUCCUAUGGUUGGUUUCUCUACAACACUCAGCUGCUUCUUUGGUCAUCCUUGUUUUCUAACUUUAUGAACUCCCUCUGUCUCACUGUAUGUGAAAGAAAAUGCACCAACAACAGUAAACUGAACGUGUUCUUUUGUGCUCUUUUAUAACUUGUGUUACCUGUUGUAAACGUGGUUCCUUCUAUACCUUUUUCUGGUCAUAAUGAACGCUCAUUUUGUUAGUGAGGGUGGUAAAGUGAACAAAAAGGGGAAGUAUCUAACUACUGCCAUUUCAGUGAGAAAAUCCUAGGUGCUACUUUAUAGUAAGACACUUGUUAGGCCAUUCUUGCACUGGUAUAAAGAAUUGCCUGAGACUGGGUGAUUUAUAUGAACAGAGGUUUAAUUGGCUCACGGUUCUGCAGGCUGUGCAGGAAGCAUGGCGGCAUCUGCUUCUGGGGACACCUCAGGAGCUUUACUCAUGACAGAAGGCAAAACAAAGGUAGGCACUUCAAACGGUGAAAGCAGGCGCGAGAGAGAGAGAGGUGACGCACUUAAACAGCCAGAUCUCAUAAGUCACUCACUAUUGCAAGGACAGCACCAAGGGGAUGGUGCUAAACCAUUCAUGAUGAGCUUACCCCCAUGGUCCAAUCACCUCCCAUCAGGCUCCACCUUGAAUACUGGGGAUUACCACUCAGCAUGAGAUUUGGGCAGGAACACAGACCCAAACCAUAUCACACACAUUAUGACUGUUAAACUUUAUAAAGUAUUUAAGGUACAUGGAACACAUGGGAAGUCUGGUAGCUCAGCCCAUUUCUUUAUUGCCUCUGUUAUUCACCGUGCAAUUCAGGUACCACCUAUUCCGGGGAACUUUUCUUGGCCCUCAGUUUGCGGUAUACAUGCUUUCUAAGUACUCUUGUAGCAUCCUGUUUGUAUCGUAGCACUGGUCACAUUGCCUUGCCAAAAUCUGUUUGACAGUCUGCUCAACAUGACUGCAAGCUCCAUGAGGGGAGAGACAUCAUCUCAACCAUCUUUGGGUCCUUAGCGCAAUACCUGGCAGCUAGCCAGUGCUCAGUUAAAUAUUUUUUGACCGAAUAAACGAAUGCACAACCAAGUUAUUGAUACCAAAUGUUUUUUGUGUACAUUUCUACUUCUCUAGCUAUAAGGCUUAAUUAUACAACAAAAUACUAUUUUUAUAUUUAUGCUUGGUAAAUUCAAUAACUUUCUCCAUCAUUUGGAAAGUGAAAUUGUUUAUUGCUUCCCUAUAGCUUUUUUCUGAAUCUAGCAGGAUUUUAAUGAUAUCAUCAUAAUUUGACACAAUAAAAGGACAACAUGAAACUGAUGAGUCUUUAUUGGGUUAAUUUCAGAUGGUAUAUAAUCUUUUAAAAUGUAACAUUCUUUUUUAUAUAUAAAUAAUUGGUGGCUUCACAAAUAGCCAAAGCAGGGUGGAGAGAGUGAUCCCUCCUGGGUGCACACAAGAAGGGGAUAUGUUGCCUACAGAGUUUUCAAAACAGUAAUAAAGCUGUCUACAAGUCAUUGUGCUUCUUAUCAUCACCAUGCCCAGAUAAUGCGAAACAUCAGAGAUGAAGUUCUUCCCCAACAGAGGUGGACUGAUCUUUCUCCCCACUCGCUUGGUGUGUCUCUGUUGUGUCCAAGACAAUGCAAUGUUGUCUUGGAAAAUAGCUUUCCAAGCAUUUCACUCCUGAGCCCUCGUCAGUUUCCUCACUUGUUCUUCGCAUAUCCAGGCAAAGGCAUCCUGUUCGCUAUACGAAGCAUUGUAUCCCGUAUAAAAGGAAGGAGAGAGAAAAAUAUUUUUUUUACACUCAUCACUCCUCAGGGGCUGUACAACCAUGUAGAAAUUGUUUAACGUACUUGUCAAAUAGCCAAAGAAAGUGUUAAAUCCUGAGUUCCCACCCAUAUGUGCAGUGUGGUCCAGAUUCAUCCAGAUACACACAGAGAGGCACAACAGGAGGAGAAAGGAUUGGGGUGUGGGGACAGUAGGCCCCCAAUAUGGUAUAAUCGUGGCAGGUCUCUGCCUGAAGUGGUAUGUGGGGUUUUUCUUGUUUUAAUUUUGACUUUAACCCUCGAUUUGUAAGUUUUUCAUAAAAUAAACAGAAUCAUAACUCAUGCAGAUGGCUGUAAGUGCCAUAGUGUUCUGUGGGUCUCUGGUGUCUGCCAGUGAUAAAUGUGGCACCUCAGGAAGGCUGUGGACCCCGUCAAGGUGCUAUGUGACAGCCAUGCUUGGGGUGGUGGUGGGCCCAGUGGACCCUGCAGCCAUCCAUCCAGCCUGCCCACCCAUGCUGCCCUUGUGUCCUCCUGCUUUGCUAUAUUAUCAUUGAUCAAUGUCCCUGCUUACCGAUGUGUUGGAAUUGUUUUCGUGUUACAGGUGUUCAGUGAUUUUGCUCCUUCUAGCUUAUUUGUAUUUCGCCUGCUUUUCUGUAAGUCAACAUGGUUACAGUCUGUUUCAGCAACUGUAUAAAUUAAACACAAAUUAUUACGACUGCU